AUUUAUUUUGAUUCAGUUUUGGAUUUAUAAAAUAUUAGUUAUUUUGUACUCGCAGUCUCCCUAAUCUAAUCCUCAGAAAGUUGUUACAUAUUUUUUAUAGGACACAUUGGACAAGAACUUCGAGGGGGGAAAUGCGUUUUCAUAAUAUAAACCCUGCUGCGCUUGCGAUUUUUAGUCUCCCGACAUCACACAAACGCACCAUUCCGGUGUCGUCAUCUCCUCGCGACACGUCAACUCAGCACGUCUUCAAAAGCUAAUGCUGCUAGUUUAGGUAAUCAACAAACUGUCUGCAGACUGUUUACAUUUUUUAUACCUGUGAUUCCAGAAGUUUGUUUUAACUCGAGUUGUGACCAAAAGUGAAAGAAAAAUUAGCAUAAAGUAACAUCGGUCAUUUGCAACAGAAAGCUGCACCUGUGGGACUGCGUGUUAAAUCAUGGAUGAAGAAGAGCUGGUGGAGUACUUCAGAGCUCAGAUGAGGAAAGAUCCAGACAUCGCCUCGGCUGUGGCUGCUAUUCGCACGCUACUGGAAUUCCUCAAGCGAGACAAAGGUGAAACCAUCUUGGGCCUGAGAGAGAGUCUGACGUCGGCCACAGACCGACUGACAGGAGUGGACUCGUCUGUGGCCGUGUCGUCAGGGGGGGAGCUGUUCCUGCGCUUCAUAAGCCUCACAUCACUGGAGCACGAGGAUCUGUCACGUUGUAAGAAGGUAAUGGAAGAAAGAGGAGAACUGUUCCUGGAGAAGAUUUCAAUGUCCAGGACCAAGGUGGCCAAGCUGUGUCACACUUUUAUUAAAGAUGGCGCUAAAAUCCUGACCCACUCUUACUCCAGAGUUGUUCUCAGAGUGCUGGAAAAAGCUGCAGCGGAAAAGAAACGCUUCUCUGUCUAUGUGACUGAAUCGCAGCCUGACUCAGCCGGGCGACAGAUGGCAGAAGCUCUGAGGAAACUGAACGUUCCAGUGACGGUGGUCCUGGAUGCAGCUGUGGGGUACGUCCUGGAGAAGGUGGACCUGGUCAUUGUUGGUGCAGAGGGAGUUGUAGAAAGUGGAGGAAUCAUCAACAAGAUUGGCACUUACCAGAUGGCACUGUGCUCCAAAGCUCACAACAAACCCUUCUAUGUGGUGGCAGAGAGUUUUAAAUUUGUUCGCCUGUAUCCACUCAACCAACAGGACGUGCCAGAUAAAUUUAAGUACAAAGCUGACACACUGAAGAACAUAAAGAACCUAUCUGAUGAGCAUCCUAUGAUUGAUUACACACCUCCCUCCCUCAUCACCCUCCUCUUCACUGACCUGGGUGUCCUCACCCCAUCAGCCGUCAGCGACGAACUCAUCAAGCUUUAUUUAUGACCCCGACUCUCAGUUCUUAAUGAAAAUUAAAAUGUAA